GGGAGCUGUUCGUCGGGCCGAAUAAUUAGUAUAAUAUUCCUUGUUCAGGUUGCACGGCCAUGUGGAGCAUUUGGGGUGUGUGACCUGAGGAGGGGAUUGGCACAGAAGCUUGCGCUGCCUGGCGAGGUGAGCUGCGCGUGUGCCUGGUGCAAGUAAGCCCCUAGCCUCGGGAGACAAGUUAAACUUAUUGAAAUGCUGUAUUCUGUGGUUCAUUUCUGGAUCAGCUCCAGCAGAAUGAAGCUAUGUGUUGAUAAGAUUGUCUCUGUAAUAAAAAGUAUAAUUGUUUUAGAAGCCAUAACAACCAUAAUCUAAUAUUUGCCUAUUUACCUCUUUCCUACAGAUUUCAUCAGAACCUAAAUAAAAUCUUAUCUUUGGAAGUAAACUCCUAAAUAUGAGUCACUGUAUGCAAAACGUUAAAAGAGAUUCAUUAUGUGAAGAUAUAGACACUAACACAUGUUCACUCACCAAACAGUCACGGACAGAAUAUCAGUCUACUCAUAUUAAGGAAGAACCAGCAUCAUGUAAAGAAGGAAAUCGUACAGACAUUUCUACACACAAAGAACAUCCACAGACAGAAUAUCCAUCUACUUAUAUUAAGGAGGAACCAGCCUGGUUUACACAAGGAAAUCUCACAGUUAUUUCUAUACCCACAGAACAUCCUCAGACAGAAUAUCCAUCAACUCAUAUUAAGGAGGAACCAGCCAUGUGUAAAGAAGAAAAUCUCACAGACAUUUCUACACCCACAGAACAUUCACAGACGGAAUACCUAUCUAUUCAUGUUAAGGAGGAAUCAGCCUUAUGUGAAGAAGGAAAUCUCAACGACCCAUCUACACCCCCAGAAUAUCCACAGACAAAAUACCCAUCUACUCAUAUUAAGGAGGAACCAGUCUCAUGUGAAGAAAAUCUCAAUAUAUCCACACCCAGAGAACAUCCACAGACAUCUACUCACAUUAAGGAGGAACCAACAUCAUAUGUAGAAGUAUAUCUUACGGACAUGCAUUUACCUUCAGAGCAUACACAAACAAAAAAAACAUAUUCUUGUCCUCAGUGUGGUAAAUGUUUUAAUCAGAAACCAAACCUUCGAAAACAUAUAAAAACUCACACAGGUCAGAAGGCAUUUUCUUGUUCACAAUGCGGGAAAGGUUUCACAAGAAAAUCAUAUCUUGAUAAACAUCAGAAGGUUUGUGUAGAGGAUAAACCAUAUUUUUGUUCUAAAUGUGGAAAGAGUUUCCCCCAACAGUGUGCUUUUCUUGAGCAUAAAAUUAGUCAUAUAGAAGAGAAACCAUAUUCAUGUUCAGAGUGUGGAAAACUAUUUUCACGAAGAUCUGUUCUGGCAAUGCAUCAAAACAUUCACACAGGAGUGAAACCAUAUUUUUGUUCUGAAUGUGGAAAACGGUUUAUCCAAAAAUCUGACCUUCGAAGUCAUCUAAGAAUUCACACAGGGGAGAAACCAUAUUCUUGUUUGGAGUGUGGGAAAUUAUUUAGACAUAAAACGGGUCUGCUUUCGCAUGAAAGAACGCACACAGGAGAUAAGCCUUAUUCUUGUUCCGAAUGUGGAAAACGGUUUAUCAAUAAAGAGAAUUUUGCUGCACAUCAGAGAACUCACACAGGAGAGAAGCCGUAUGCUUGCUCAGAAUGUGGAAAAUGUUUUGGCGAUCGAUCGGGUGUAAUCAAACAUGAAAGAAUGCAUACGAGAGCGAAAAAAAAAUCUGAUUUAAUUGACAUGGAAGGGAAACCAUAUUCUUGUUCUGAAUGUGGGGAACGGUUUAUAAACCAGUCUUUUUUCAUUAAGCAUCAGCAGAUUCACACAGUAGAAGAGCCGUUUUUAUGUAUUAAAUGUGGGAAAUGUUUUGCAGAUAAGGAGGCACUUGUCAGCCAUGAACUACUUCAUGAAGUUGAGAAACCAUAUUCCUGUGCGCAGUGUGGCAAAUGUUUCAGCCAUGAAAAAAAACUUGCCAGACAUGAGAAAAUCCACACAAGUGAGAAGCCGUAUUCUUGUUCCGUGUGUGGAAAAGGUUACAUUGAUAAAACCACUCUUGUUAGACAUCAGAUAAUACACACAGGCCAGAAACCAUAUUCCUGUUCUGAAUGUGGCAAAUGUUACCGUCAUAAAUUCACUCUUGUAAAUCAUGAAAAACGUCACACAGGUGAAAGACCAUAUUGUUGUUUUGAAUGUGGGAGACGGUUUUAUGAGAAGACUGUAUUUGUCAUACAUCAAAGAACCCACACAGGAGAGAGACCAUAUCCUUGCUCUGAAUGUGGGAAACAUUUUAGCGUUAAAGGAAGUCUUUUCAAACAUCGUCUUGUUCACUCAGAAAGAAAACCUAUUGCUCAGUGUGUAAAUGACUGAUUUAUAGAACAGUGACAAGAUCAUCGGUGAACCGACUACAUAUUAUAUUACUCCUUCACGACAGAUGAUGUACGAGGACUGUCUUUGCAAACAGCCUUUUUUGAAGGAAACAAAUGGAGACACACAGGCCGUACGUUGAUAGUAUAACAAAAUAUAGACUUGAGCUGGUCUUUAUCAUAGGAAUUCAGAUACAUUUAGCCAUAAUGCUAUUGUGGAAUUGCCUGGGAUUACUGUGACAUCUUUAGUUGUGAAAAAAAUAGAAACGCAGGACCAUCCACAGUCUAAAGAUUCUUACAUUACAAAUUUCUCACACAGUUUGACUUAGAAGUUCUGUGUACACCACGUUUUAGUUAUGUCAAAACGUUAACCUAGAGAAUGAACUUCUCUUCUCUUUUUACGUAUGGAGCUUCUGCAGAUCUUGCUGCAAACCAUAGGACUUGUGGUGAUUCUGCAGCACUAAUAGAUUGUAUUGGAUUGGCAUAGCAGAAUCCUCUUAAACCUAAAACUUUAAAAUGGUGUGUGAGUGCAAUGCAUGCGCACACCAUUUCCUUGGACAAGGAAAUUUAAAUUUACUCUGUCAAUGAAAACUAAAGAGGGCUUUGGUAGCCGAAAAACGUUUGACAAACUCCAAAUACAGGUUCCCAGGACCACAACCACUAUGUUAUGCUGAAGUGGUUGGAAUGUUUCCUUAAAUUAAUUCAAAAACGCUGAUAUAUAUGAAGAGGAAUGUAUAAAAUGUAUUCAAAAUCUUUGUCGUAUAUAUGGCUGAUAAAUGUGUUAAAAUACACUUUACAAUAAAGUCUUUGUUGAUUUA